UUUUUUUGGAUGAAAAACUUAAACCUCACAGUGUGUAUCGUGUUGUACAGGUGGGUUGCUAUAGUAACGCUACAGAGGUGUAGCGUCAUGCUGGUUGGUCAGACUGAGUAGGAGGAGGUGGGGCAAGGUGCGACAAGGCUGAUAAUAUCAGCUUGUAAAAGGAAAAGAACAAAACUGUAAAACAUCCACUAAUACUUCCUACUGCCGCCUUAGCGUCACAGGUAGAUAAAAGACUAACUUUCCACCUGCAUGCUUUUGCAUAUCUCGUUCAUUUUACUUCUAUUUAUGUACUUGUUAGGCUGUUGAAGAAAAGCUAUGGACCCGCAGUACUUCAAGUCUCAUACAAUGUGUUGGGGUACCCUUGGAACGGUGCGACCCUUCUCCAGUUUCCACCCACAAAAAGAUGUACUAGUCAUCCAUGAGGCACUGGAGAAAAAAGAUGCAGGCGCUCUUGUGAGACUCUUAACCAAUCGCAACAACGCGCAGAGACAGGAAAUCGCCAAAAUCUUUAAAGAGGCAACGCAACGGGACCUGGUAGCUGGCAUGAAGAAAGUUCUGUCUGGAGAUCUGGAGACGCUCAUGCUAGAGCUGAUGAUGCUUCCUACGGAACACAAGGCUCAUCGUCUCCACCGGGCCAUGGCGGGUCUCGGUACAGACGAAGAAACCAUCCUGGAGAUAUUGUGUACGCGAUCCGUCAAGCAGCUCCGAGACAUCAGCGCUGCGUACAAACUAUUGUAUAAAAAGGACAUGGAGAAGGAAUUGAAAGGAGAAACCAGUGGAGACUUUGCCAAGCUUUUAUUGGCUCUUAUGAAUAAAGAAGAAGUUGCAGGUUUUGUUCAGAGGGAUAUUGAGGUUCUCGCUGCAUCACUAAAUGGGAAAAAAGCUGAUGCGGCUCCUUGGAUUGACAUACUCACCUCUAGAGACUUAAAUCAUCUUGACCAAGUGUUGAUGGGGCUGGAGCGGGAGAGUCGACAGAAGGUGAUUCCAGCUCUGGAGAAACGAUUCUCAGGGGACAUCCGGCUGGGAUUGAGUGUUUUAGUGCAGUGCAUUCGAAACCCUGAUGUCUACCUUGCCAAAAGACUAACAGGCAUGAAGGCACCGGUGGUCCAAAGCAUCAUGGUGUCCCACAGCGAGGAAGACCUACUCUGUAUCAGAGUUGCCUUUCGCAAACUGGCAGGCGAUUCUCUCUACACAACCCUGCAGAAACACUUCAAGGGGGAUCAUUUACAAGCUCUGUUGGCCAUCUGUCGAUCUGAAGACUGCUGAAGUACAUAAGAAUACGUUUUUUUGUGCAUAUAUUUGUGGUGAUUAAAAAAAGCAAUGGAGUUGCUAAAUAUGAUGCGUGAACAUUUAAUGAAUGCAUUGUGGCCAUUUGAUUUAGUACACUCUGUGCAGUUUGAAUUUCGCAACCACUAUUCGACAAAGUCUAUGAACCGUAUCGUUAGAGAGAAAAAAACGAUCAAAAGCCUACUUGACAAAAAUGCGUGUCAAGCAGGUCAAGUCAAACUAAGGUCUUUUAAUUAUUUAUUUGUGAUCCCAAGUAAACAUCAGUGUACAGAGUAGAAAAGUUUACGCUGUUACAGAAAGAAAGAAAGAAGAGGAAAAAAAGAGAGACAAAGAACACUUUUGGAUCCUUUUAUUGCUUUUGAGAAUGAAAGAAGGAGGGACAGGAGGGGUUUGGGCAAAUUGUCCCAUCCUGGGAGGGGGAGGACGAAACACACUUAAUCUGGAUGUUUUAUUAGCCAAGCCAGGAAUGUCUUGAUUAACCGUGGAAAAAGCAGGUCAGUCAUAAAGGAAACCCAUUUAGAGAGUAACUUUUUGACCAAAAGACAAAUACAAUAUAAAUGAGAAAUUUUCGAACAUCACAGCAAUCUUUGUCACAUACUUAGAGAAGACGGGGGUUAGGGCGUAAGAAGAACCAAGUAGAGACAUCUCAAGCAAUCCCAGGAAUGCAUAAAGGCCAUAAAGUGUCUUAUCUUUGACCGAACCCAAGCACAGGCAGUUAAAGGGGAACAUUAUCACAAUUUCAGAAGGGUUAAAACCAUUAAAAAUCAGUUCCCAGUGGCUUAUUUUAUUUUUCGAAGUUUUUUUCAAAAUUUUACCCAUCACGCAAUAUCCCUAAAAAAAGCUUCAAAGUGCCUGAUU